AUGGCCGAGGAUACCCGACCCGCAUUCUGGGACGCUAUACCCAUCAACCUACGCAACGCCAUCGAACAAACAGUUCCAGCAACCAUUCUGCAAGAGAAACUACCAAAGUCUACAGAACCUGAAUCCCUGCAAGACAAAUACAAACAACUAGAACGCCUCUUGAAAAAUUUGAUCCGUCAGGAAGAACGAGCCAACCAACGCUCAGCACGCCAACCCAACCAGCCUCAACCCGUAAACCCCCGACCAUCCUCCUUAAUCUUCCCACUAGCAAUGCUGCAGACCGAAACAAAACAAUACAACCUUGCCGAAGAAACAUACCGCGAAAUCCUUCUCGCAAAUCCACCUUUUGGAUUCGAUAUUGCGGCUGGGUCGAAUCUGAUCGAAGUUCUGAAUCUCCAGCAAAAGUAUGCUGAGGCACAGAGGUUGGGUAUGCAAGUGCUGUCGCAGAUUCUGAAACAGUUGGGCAUGAAUAGUCCGCAGUAUUUGGGCUGUAUGAGGAAAGUGAUGCAAAGUUUGAUUGGACAGAAUAAGGGGUGGGAGGCAAGGCAGUUGUGGAAGAGGGGUAUGGAGCUGGUUGCUAGUAUUGGUGAUGAAUGGGUGAAGGAAAGCGAUGCUAUGCAGGAGAUGGGAAGGAAGAUUGAUUUGCUGGCUUAG